AUGAAGCUCACCUCCGCCCUCGCCGUCAUUGGCACCGCGGCCACUGCCCUGGCUUCCGGCCAGCAGGCCAUGGACGGCAGUAGCAAGCCGCCCGCGGAAGCGGCCGAGCACCGCAUCCCGACCAGCUCCGAGUCGGCCGUCAUGGGCCGCCGCAUCCUCGCCCUCAGCAAGCUCGCCACCUUUUCCACCGUCUUUCCGAGCGAGUCCAAGUCGACGCGCCGCCGCAGCACGGUCGCCGACCAUGGCGUCGAGGGCCAGCCCAUUGGCCUGGUCGACUAUGUCGCCGACUGCGAGGACGUCGGCAACCCGACGGUGCUGGAGCUCAAGAUUGGCACCACUUUCCGCAACGUGCAGGCCGGCUCCAACCUGACCGUGUCGCUGCAGUGGGUGCCGCCAUACCCGCCCGCCAAGCGCAUCGGCGUCGUGAAGCGCGCUCUGUCCUACCUGCCCUUUUUCAGCCGCAGCACCGCUGCCGAGGUCCCGCCAAACUCGGCCGACCCCAGCAUCCCGGACACGGUGCCGUAUUCGGCCGACAAUCUGCCCCGCUUUGCGCUCUUUGGCUACCUGGAGCCCUUUGGCGCCGACGAGGCCCAGACGGAGAAGCUCAAGGAGUGCUACCUGGCCAAGCACCCGGACAGCAAGUACUGGCUGCCGGGCAACCACAUUCACACGAGCGACUGGACGCGCAUGGUUGUGACAAAGGUGUACUGGAUUGGCGGGUUUGGCGACCGCGCGUACAUUGGAUGGAUUCCGGUCGAGGAGUGGAACAGCGUCAAGGAGGAAGAGUGGAAGGCGAUUAAGCUGCCUGGCGAAACCAAGGACUGGUCAGAGUGGAACGCGUAUGAUAAUCAGGAGCUGUAA